UUCGUACGGUGUGAAACUACUUUCGGAUGUGAAUCGUUCGUCCGGUCCUCGACCUCGUCCGUCUCGACGCGACGAAUUACCGACAUAAUUUUUAGCCCGACGUUCCGCUCUGCAAAUUCGUUUGUCGCUUCAGUGUAACGCGGACUCGCUCGAUUGAAAAAUGUGACGUCCCGAACUCCCUUCCCCAUUUCCAACGCUUAUCGCGCGCAGAUCGAGUCAGCGAUCUUCGAUACGCGAAUGCGGCCUGGCGAGACGAUCCUAACUUCUCUCUGCGGCGAUAAGUUACGGUCAACGGAUCGGUGACGAUCUCGAAAAGUUCGUGACGGGGAUGAGUCUCUCGAGAGCGAAGGACUUGAGUUCGAUUGAUAGUCCGUUCGCUCUUUUCGACAAUAUUGAAUAACUUCGAUCUUCCGUUUUACGGGCCUACAUAGUUAACUAACCUUAGGAAAAAGGACUUUAAAGCGUUCAGCUUUUCAGUGCGAGUAGUCCCACGUGAGAUGGUAGCCUCGUAUUUCGUCAAGUCCACGUCGUGCGGGACGUUCAAGGCGUCCGUCUCUUUAACGUUUGGAGGCAACGUAGCGAGCGCGAACGUCAGAUAAUCCAGCAGCGGGCUUCCCAACGAAACGACUCGAAGAUAUUAAAUAAGAAACAUCUGUACCGUGCCAAAGAGGCUUGCCUCGAAAGAUUUUAUCGUAAUCAGUUCGAAAGGAGUGCUGUAUCAGAAAUUGAAAAAUUCGUGGUCGACGACGUUGACGCGUAAUAAAAAAGGAGAAGAGGGGUGGGAAAGCCUGAAAGAUGCCGAAGCGACGAUGACGGCGCGGGGGUAGAUACAUAUAUUUCUCUCGAGCCUCGUGGCAGGAAAAAGGAUGAGAGAAAAGAAGGAGGCGGUGGAGGACUCGGUAGUCGGGAGAGCAGCCGACGUCCACACGUGUCUGCCCUUUCUGCGUCGCGCCACGUACCUGUUCCUGCGUCCCCGAUCCCGACGCUCGGCUCGGCUCGUCUCGGCCGCGUAGCGCAAUCUCCAAUUGGUCGUCCCAUGACGCGACGGCAUCGGUGUUCCUCAUUCGCGUACUCGCGUACACGGGCACGGAUGGAAUCCGUCGGAGGGCGCAUGUCUGACCGACGACGACGGCUAGGAGGGCGCGAGCGAAAGAGGGUAGCGCGAGGGUUAGAGGGAGAGGACAGCCCAGCGUCGACCCCCACUUUGACUCUCGCGGCAUCCGCCAACGCCGAGCCCUGGUCACUGGUCCGACCAGUCUACCCUGUCGCCCAGCGUAUGGCGUAACUCGUUCCUCGUUCUCGUUCCGUUUUCUUCCACGAUCGACGACCCCCUGUGAACAACGACGACCACGACGGCGAAAAUCUCGUUCCCGCUCGUCGGGAAGACGAACGCGCUUCCGGUUCCGAGCGCAGCGCGACCGCGUACACGCGUCGUCGUUUCUCUUUCGACUCGACCACGCGCUCGGGCCGUCGUUCGUUCCCGUCGUUCGUAAAAGGUCGCGUACUACCGACCGAGCGUCGUUGCACGUCGAACGCGGAACACGAGGGUGGCCGGCGGCUGCUAUCUCUCGGACAGCGGCAACAGGGUGAUCGCGCGGAUCCGUCGAUCGAUUCGUUUCUUCCGUGAUUUGAAUCGCGCGCGCGCCUGUAUUCUUUUUUCGCGGGACGGAACUCUUCCGCGCGCGAGUUCGACGUCGAGCGACGCAAGGACGUCGACAAGCCGAUGAACCGUGAACGUUCGAGAAAACGAAACGAUGUUCGCCGUCCCAUGGAAUUCGAUGUGAUCUCGAUCAGACGGAACGUCGCUCCAUCGCCGCCGAGGAAUUAAAUUAUGUGCCCGGUGGAAAGCUAGUCGGCUACCGAUCGAUGCCACUGCUCACUAAAGAGGAGAGAGUCACGACGCGCGAGCGAGGGAUCGAAGACGUCUGAAGGAACGAGACGAGAGAGAAGGAGAGAGAGAGAGGCGAAGAACUCGUCGACGAAGCCGUUCGACGACCUCGAGCGCGUCGAGAUUCGCCGAGGUCGUCGACGGUUCCUAGCGGACGCGCGACCUUUGGCUUCGAGACAAACACCGCGUUGCGCCGCCAAUUUUUGACUCGUCCGUGCGAAUCGCGGUCGAAGUUCGUCAGCGUCACAGAAAUUUCCGCGACGAAAGAAACGGAGGAUAAAAAUUCGAUCGAAUUCUCCGGUGGAGGUUUCACGUUUCUAAAAUGUACCCAUCGCUGUAAUUGAAUUCGAGGGUUCGCGAUAGGAGAGUCAGAAAAAUCGCUACGGACGAUGAUGUUUGAUCGUCAUCGUCGUGCCUGACUGAAAAUUUGUCAAAUAUGCUUGCAACCAGAUUUCUUACCAAGUGUCCGUCGAUCGCGGUCGAUUUCGUUUUUCCGUUGUCAGCCUUUCGGUGAAUUAAGAAUUGAGACCGAAAGCUAAAUUAAUUGAUUUCGACGAACAAGGUAAAACGUGCGUAGGAAGCGAGAAAAGAAAGAGAGAGAGUCGUUUACGCGGCGUCUUUGGUGUGCGAUGAAAUUACGGCAAGACGAUUAAGAGCCUUGGACCGAAGAUCGUCUUUUCGUCCUCGACGAAGGAGCGUUUAAUUCGAGAUGCUUAGCGCGAUCGUCGCUCGCCGUUGAGGAGAAAAUUCCGUCGGCCAGGAGAACGAGCUCGAAUCGCAAACACUGGCUUCGAUCGAGGACGUCGUGUCGCGUCGUUUCCACGUGCCCGUCGGACGCGUCCCGGAUCGGAAUGUAAUUUUAGCGAACAGAUAUCUCUCUCUCCCCCGACACCGUCGAAGGGUGUACCACGCGCGACCACGACCUUGCGUCUCGUGUCUCGCGCCGGCCACCAUGGACAUUAAUUAAUCGACCGUUCUUCGUUCCUCCACGGGUUCGAGGCUGCAGUGACUUUAUAACGUUCGCGGACGCUCUCCAACGAGUACCAGUGAAAUUCCAAUUCUCCCGGGUAAAGUGAAUGGUGAACGUCGACGAUAAUCGUCGACGACGAGACAUAUCAAACAGAAAUUGUAACGAAACCGAUUGCGAGGUAAAGAACGACGGAGGAAACGAUUCUACGUAUGAAUUUCGUGCUCGACCGACCGAAGAACAAGUGCGAGUAAACACGUGUAACGAGGAGGAGUACAUCGGUCGAUCACGUGGGAACGAUCAGCGACCAGUGAAAAGGAAAGAAGAAGAGGAUCUCGGUGGAUCACGAUUCUCGCUUAUGAUGGGCUGCAGACCGGCGGCUAAGUCGACGGUGGCGGAAGGGUGCGGUCGGUGGCAGCUCGAGGCUGGUUCCUCGCUUACCGAGAUCAUCGAGAGUCGGACGAUCGUCGUUCGUAAACGAAGCUCGAGUCCCGCUCUUCGGGGUGCGAACGACGAGGAGGAGGAAGAGGAGCAGGAGGUCGAGGAGGAAGAGGAAGAUCUGGUCCGGCUCGUGCGACCGGUGUCGUCGCCGCUGUUCCCGCUCGACGACCAGUCGAGUCUCGGCAGAUAGCUGCCAAGCGAUAAUGCAGAGACUGCGCUCGACCUUCAAGAGGUCGCGCACCCCGACGGGAGCGGAGAUGAAGUCGCAAUCGAGCCUCGAGGUGCCGAAGCAGGUCAGGUCGGCCUCGUUCGACGAGAUCCAGCUCGAGGCGAAGCGGCAGGACGACACGAAGGACAUCAGAUCCGCGAGGACCACUUCCUCCUCGUCGUCGUCCUGUUCACCAGCGAGGUCUCAGGAGUCGUCGCGCGGCAGACGCGCGUCCACGCUCCGAGUACCGCAGCUGCAGAGCGAUCGCAGAUCGAAGAGCUUCGACGUCUGCGAGAGGAGCUACGGAUCCUCGUCCAGCCAGCAGUCCCUGGUAGGCAUACGACGCCCCGAGACGCCGACAAUACAGGUCUCCGGGUGUUACCACUGUGCCUGCGUUGAGGAAUACAAGAAUCUACGCGCGAGGGACGAGGACGAUGGCUCGUCGAGGGACGAGCUCGACGACGAGCCGGACAACGACUUCACGUCGGAGGACGAGGAUGAAGAAGAGGAAGAAGAGGACGAGAGCGCCGACGUGAUCGACAGAAGCGAAGGUAGUCCCGAGAUCAGAGUUACGUUGACGACGUUCGCUGAAAAAGAUCUGUACGUUUCUCAAACGAGCCCCGAGCCCGAAUCGGAACCGGGACCGGAGUCCUCGACGAUUGUCCCGGAAGUGACGCGCGAACAACCGGCCGACGUCAGCUGUCUCAGCGACGUCAACAGCGGCCUGUUUCCCGAGAGACAGCGCAGAAGAUCUCUCGCGUCCCCGAAACUCGCUCGACAAGAGGCUCUGACCUCGGACCCCGUUGACCUGCCGACGGUAGUCGGUUCGACGGAGGACGACGAUGACGACGACGAUGACAAUGACGAUGCAAAUCGCACAGGGAAAGCCCAGUUCGUCGUCAGAGAUAUAUUUCUGACCGUCCCGGAGCUGAAGAGGGACCGAGCCGCGUCCGUCGACUCUUGCUUCAACAACAAGAACGGUCACGGCGAAGACGUCGACUCGUUGGCCGUCCCUCAGCAGAGCAUACGAUCGAAAAGCGUCGACAUCGUCCUACCCACCGAGGCGCAGACGAGAUACACGGCUCUGCUGCCAAGCACCGAGGCUCGACCUUCGAGAGGAGGGAGAGAGGAGGGCGGAACGAGUGGCGGUCAUCGCGAGCCCCGAUCGACGCCCGACUGGGGUCCUACCGCGCUCAAUGGAGAACAUCUUUGGGUACCGACCUCGGCUUCCGGUGAAUUCUGUUACGUCAACGACUGUUCGAAACACGGACCCCGGAUGAAGUGCGCGGCCUGUCGAGUGGUGGCCCACUCGGUCUGCGCGACCAACCUGAAUUUCGCUUGCAAGUCGAGCUUCCGCGACGUCGGGGUCCGACAAUAUCGGGAACAGACGAGCACCCACCACCACUGGGUGCAUCGUCGCUCCCAAAAAGGAAAGUGCGCCAACUGCGGGAAGUCGUUCCAAUCGAAGCUGAGCUUCUCCUCGAAGGAGAUAGUCGCGGUGAGCUGCAGCUGGUGCAAGCUGGCGUAUCACAACAAGGAGGCCUGCUUCAACGUCCAGAAGAUCGGCGAGAAUUGCGAGCUGGGCACGCAUUCCUCGAUUAUCGUUCCGCCCUCAUGGAUCGUCAAACUACCGAGGAAAGGUAGUUUCAAGAGCAGCCUGAGGAAAUCACCGAGGAAGAAAAAGUCCGGCAGCGGCGCGGGCACCGCCUCGAACAGGAAAAAGUCCAAAGAGAAGGAGAAGGAGAAGGAACAGGACAAAGACCAGGGGAGGUUGUGGGUAGUGAAGCCCAUACCCACGGCAUCCGUGAAACCGGUGCUAGUUUUCAUCAACCCGAAAUCGGGCGGCAAUCAGGGAGCGAAGCUGCUACAGAAGUUCCAGUGGCUGUUGAAUCCGAGACAGGUCUUCGAUCUGACGCAAGGCGGCCCAAAAAUGGGAUUAGAAUUAUUUAAGAACGUUCCUAAUCUUCGGGUUCUGGCGUGCGGCGGCGACGGUACGGUCGGCUGGGUGUUGUCGAUUCUGGACCAGAUCGGCGCGUCUCCUCCGCCGGCGGUAGGCGUGCUUCCCCUGGGAACCGGGAACGACUUGGCCCGAGCUCUGGGAUGGGGCGGCGGUUACACGGACGAGCCGAUCGGCAAGAUCUUGACCAACAUCGGGGAGAGCGAGGCGAUACUGCUGGACAGGUGGCAGCUGAUCGUCGAGAGGAACCCGGACGCGCAGGGCGACGAGGAUAACGGCAAGGGCAAGGAGAAUCUACCUUUGAACGUCGUCAAUAAUUACUUCUCCCUCGGCGUCGACGCCCACAUCGCCCUAGAAUUCCACGAGGCCCGAGAGGCGCAUCCAGAGAGAUUCAACUCGCGGCUGCGGAACAAAAUGUUUUACGGUCAGAUGGGUGGGAAGGAUCUAGUGCGACGAAAAUGGAAAGACCUCUCGGAAUUCGUGACGCUGGAAUGCGACGGGAACGAUUUGACGCCGAAGCUGAAGGAGCAUCGCGUUCACGCGAUCGUCUUCUUGAACAUCGCCUCGUACGGCGGCGGAACGCAUCCGUGGGGUGCGGCCAGCGGCACUAAGGAGCCGACCACGGAGGACGGCUUGAUCGAAGUCGUCGGUUUGACGACCUAUCAGCUCCCGCUUCUUCAGGCUGGUGGACACGGCACCUGCAUCUCCCAGUGCAGUUCGGCCAAGCUGGUGACCACGAGGACCAUCCCGAUGCAGGUCGAUGGCGAGGCUUGCCGGUUGCUACCGUCGAUCAUAAACAUGAAACUGUUGAACAAGGCGACGAUGUUGGCGAAGCGUAGGAGCACGAGCAAACCGCAGCAGGAUGUAAAGCUGGAAAGAUUAAAGCUGCCGGUGAUGAGGAUCAAGAUGUCGGAUUACGAGAGGUAUCACCACGACAAGGACAUGCUGAAGAAGUCGGCGACCACGUGGAUCGCCGACCCGCUCGACCUCGACGCCACCACCGAUCUAGAAUCCCUCAGAAAAUACCUCGCGAAAGAUUACAACAUGGACGCUUGUUGCUUCCUCGACUCCUGUACCGCGGAGCGAUUCUUCAGGAUCGACAGAGCUCAAGAGCAACUUCAUUACGUGACGGACGUAGCCGUCGAGGCGGUCUACGUCCUCGAGGAGAGCGCUACUAGUCAAUCGGUCGAGCCCGAGGAAACGAAGGUAGUCACAAGUCAAGAACCGGAAACGGCCCAUCCAUCUCCGAGCGAAGAGCGACCGAAGCCAAUCGCAACCAUGACAGAAGAGACGCCUAAGGAAAAUUCAAAGGCGCAUCAGCAUGUUUCGGAGUCGCCUGAAACGAAAGUUGCGCAGAACGGAAAAUCUCUCGGAUCGGUGAGCAAGGCACCGUCUAACGAGCCCCCGAUCCCUAAAAGAGUAGAGAACCCGACAUCAUACGAAGAACCGAUCAAGCAAAACAGUUCCUCGAAAUCGAUCUCCUCGUCGGCUGUCGCACACUCGCAACAUCAACUUCCACUCACCUUCAUUAGUCCGCGGGAUAGACUUUUCGGCCUGAGUUCGGAGGUGCACACCUUCAACACAGGACUGCUGGACAAGCCCAACGACGGUAUAUUGAAAUCGGCCAAGAUCGGCGAUCUCCAGGCGUUGAAGGAGCUCCACGAGAAAGGAUACUCCCUUCUGUCCAUCGACUCCACCGGUCAGACCGCUCUCCAUCUAGCCGCGAGAUUCGGUCGCAAGGACAUCGUCCGAUAUCUGAUCGCUUGCGCACCAUCGAGUCUUCUCGACAUGAUCGACAACGACAAAGGUCAGACCGCUUUGCACAAAGCGGCUCAAUACAAGCACCGUUCCAUUUGCUGCAUGUUAGUGGCUGGCGGUGCUACUUUGAUCAUCAAGGAUCGACACGGCAACACGCCUCGCGAUCUCGCCCUGCAAGCGGAGGACCGUGAUCUCGCGGCGUAUUUAUACAGUCAAGAGCAGUUCCAGCUGGCAACAGAAGAAAUGGAGAACGCCAUUUGACCUCAGGCCGUAAUUGGUAGGGCUUGAACCGGCGAGUCCGAGUAGAUCCUCUCUCUCUCCGACGGACCAGCCAACGAGAAGAUCGCCGAUACGUUUCGCUCUCUAUGCGUAAGUCGCACGUGAUAAAUCGAUAUUUAUUUGAUCGACGGCCAACGUCGAGCACGUAUAUUUAUUAUAUUAUUACUAUUAGUCGUUAAGCUGCUCUCCAGUCUCUCUCGUCGAACCCUCGAGGUCGCUUUUUACGAAAGUGUACAUUAAAUUAUUACAUUACUUACAGACACUAUAUACAUAUAUACAUACGAAUAGUAGAUGUAUUUGCACGCGUGUCGGUCGCAGGGAGCGAGUCAAACACGUCUCGGUCGACCACGAAUAUCGGUACACACGUCACAUUAUAUAUAGUAUAUUUUGAAUCGAUCGUUACGUGAGACUCCUACCGUAAAAUCGCGCGUCUCCUUCCUCGGUCGACGAAUUUAAACGUUGCGUAAAAGCGAACGAGUCGACGCGACGCGCGCGAACGACUUUUUGCUCAUUCGUAUCCGCGGGACUUCGAGGACGUGGAACGUCACGAAACGGGCCCGAGAAGAAGGAACCAAAUUAUCGAGAGGGGUUUAGUGGUUAUUAGAAUGAAACGAUUUGAUCAUGCGAUUAAAUUAAACGGUAGCUUAAUCGGAACCUAAACUUUCUAGGACUUCUCGUUUUUAUUUUAUAUUUUUCUACGUUCCACUUGUAGGUAUUCCCAGAAUAUGUAAUAAACUAUCCUUAGCGUUAUAACAAUCUCGUCGCUGCUCUGCUCUACGUAGUUUUACCCUCCGUCUCUGCGUCGUUUUUUUUCGAGACCGGAGAACGCGAAGCUUUAGCGAAUACUUAGCGUCCGUAGAGUUGGACACAAUCUUUUUAAUCGUUUAACGAAAAAUCGUUACGCUAAGUUAAGAUCGUCGGUCCGUAAAUUCGAAUCUCUUCUAUAGUUCGGUACGCUGCAUGUGGUAAUCGUAUCGGGACGAAAUGCGCGAUGCGACAGAAAUAUAUUUUUCGACGGUCGCGUUUAGUCGAUGGAAAUGUGGACGUGGUACGAUGCGACCCAAAUUUCAGAACGAACUGGAACUUUUAAUGGAUGGAGAGGGGAUGAAAAAACCUUGUUGCAUUCCGCUGAUUUAAUCUUUAUUAAGAAUAAUACGACUUAUGCGGUGACACGAAGAACACGGUUUUAUCCCGAGUGAGUUGUCGUGUAAGAGCUCGGGAACAAAAUGCAGUGAAUUAAGGGAAAGCGAGCUGAAAUAUACGUUCCAGGUUUAAGUGGUGAGGAUUAGAAUUUGUAAGGAUAGGAAUAUCAGGGUCAGAGUUUGAGGACGAUGCGGCGAGGGAGGUUUAAAAGUGACGCAGCUAAGACAGAGUUCGAAGAUAGCGCGAAGUUUACAAGUAGUCAAAGAGUGAAAUCAUAGGAUUAGGAAGUUUCGGUAUAGAAAAUAGAAGAUAGGGAAUCGUUGGUGUACAACAUGCUGAACCUUGAAAUCUUCUCCUAUAUGUAUGUGUUGGCUUCGGACUGUCUUAGCUCUCACCUGCAGACCGUACUUUUACUUCAUUUUUAUUAUAAUCGUAAUCAGCCCUCGACGGAGUUCUUAGCGAUCCAAUCGCAAGGUUUCGUUUCGGAAAUGAUGGAACGACACACACAAUUUAAAAAACAAAUGAAUCAAUCAAAACACAAUGAGCUCCAUAGAGGGUUUUUUUUACUAAUAUCUCAAAAACUAAUAAAGACCUUGGCUAAAAUUUUACAUUCAGGGUUUUUAUUCGUUCUUCCUCGCUUCCUCGCUAAAAAUUUCAGUUCGUUCUGAAAUUUGGGUCGUAUCGUAUUACAGCCAAAAAUGCAAUGAUUAAUAUUCGAAGUCAUUCGACGAGACUUUCAUCACCUCUUCUGGCUCGGUUUUAUUUUUACUCGUACAAUUUCAAUAUUUGUUUUCUCUUCAGACAUACAUAUGUAUACGUGAAAUAUGAUCAAAAAUAAAUGAAAACCGUUCGGAGGUUUCGUGCAUCGCGACCCGAUACGAUCGAUAUUUAUUAUUAUGGUCGUCGUUCGUGUAACUUUGACGUUCGAACGAUUAUUCGGAUGGCUGUGUAGUCGAGCGGAUGAACCGAACUCGAAGAAGCGCUUUAUUAUUCGCGAUCGACGUCGUCGGCGCGUCAAAUAUUAUUAGGUGCAUACGAAACGUUGUUUCCUUCAAACACGUAGUCGACCGUCAUACAUAUUUCAUCGGAAAUAAUUUGCCGGUUCUAAAUCAUUGUUGUACAUUAUAAAAUCGAAUUAAAUAUAUUAUAAUAGUAGAUGGUAGGUGAAGAAAAAAAAAAGCAUGAAACGUUUCAUAUGCCCCGGUCUAAUAUUUUAUUGAUUCAAUAUUUGUUGAAUCUCAUCGAACGGGGUUCUAUCCGACUCUGCUGGUAUCCAAUUCGUGUUUCUUUCCUUCGCUUGUCCUUAGGAUACCACGACACAUAUCGUUCCCUAAGAAGGAAUCUCGCGUUAAUAUACCCACGUAUAAUUAACAAUUGUAUAUACAGAUGACCUAUAUUUUCUGUGUUUAACGCACGAUGACGUUUAUCAUCCUCGGACGCAAACGCGCGGUUCGAAGAAAAUCGCGGCUAUUGCCUCGAAACGUUUCAUCGUGAACCUGUUCUUUUCCUACGUCCAACAUUCGUCGAACGUCCUCGCUUGGACAUAGACACUGGACACCGAUAAAACCGCGAAUAAAAGAGGAAAAAAUUAGCGAACCGUUGAAACCGACUUGGCGCGCGAACUUUUGGAAAAUACAUUCGGUCGAACGAGUCCGAUUCUCGGGAUCGACCCAAUUGAGCUGUAUAGAUAUUCGUGCGAUUGAAAUUCGGAACACAUUUCAGAGAAUUGUGCCAAUAGUAUCUACUUUAAUAUCGCUGAUUCUCGAGAUUUAUAUGAGAACUAACGGAGUAAAGAUCGAUUCUGAGAUUUAACCCUUUGCACUCCUGCUUUCCUUCUUUAUCCUCCUAUUAGACUCGACAUCAGUUUUUAUCUCAGGAGCUCCUUUGUCGAAUCCCACACGACAUUCUCUCGUGUCCAAAUCAAUAGAUGAAACGUGCGAAAGAAAACCAGGAUUGCAUCCUGGAAAUUGUUUCAAGAGAUAUCAUACACUUGAAAAUUACAAAAUACAACAAUAGUGUGAAUAAAACUGGUAUUUAAGUGAAUUUGUUUCUUCCUUUAUUUAUUUAAAUUGCCUCAUUUAUUAAUCAAAGUAAAUUUCAAAUAAAACAGCGUAAAUAAAAGCGUUGGGAGCUGCUGGGAACGAAAUUGAAACAAAAUUCGGAGUGCAAAGGGUUAACGUAUAUCACCGGACACUUCAUCCAGUCGACGAGUAACACCCCUUUCGUGCGGCAGAGUUCGACUCUUGGGCAAAAUAAUAACGUGUGUCACAAAUUGGUUUUAACAGAUUUAUUCUACUUGCACGUAUACAGAAAUAGAUUUGUCAUACGCGUUAUCAUUCUGCCGGGGAUUGGUCGACGAGUCGGGUGUAUGCGACGUUACUUGAUCUUGAGCAACACUGACCGAGCGAAACGUGGCGAAGCGGAAGUCGGAUGAAACAAGGUAUUCGAUAAACACGAUCGGGGGGAAUGAAUCAUUUAAACUCGGUACCAAAAUGAAAAUGGGGAUCAACGUACGAACACCAAUUAGUUCUUAAAAAGGCGGUCUAUCGUCGUUCCUUAUUAUACUAUACAUACCUACUAGACUAUUGUAAUUCUACCCUCGAACUAUGAUCCGGCGUUUGAAGUACACAGUAGGUACGUGUUUGAGAGCGUCGUUCGUACUCUACGAACGCAGCAGUAUGGCGAGUAGGUAUCCCGACUAGCGAGUCGGACGCGCGUGAACACACGUUCAGCGAAUCUUUAAUAUCGAACGCUCGGCUCGAUUUCCGAUGUACAUACACAAACGUCUCGGUGAUUAACCGUCUAGAAGUAUAUUGUGCAGAAAGCGAGCUUUCGCUUCGUCUGAAUCGGUCUCUGUGCAAUACGCUGGUUUUAGAUUCCUUGUUUUUCGAUCUGGCUCGUCGACCUAAAUUCGUCAAGGAUCGUUUCACCGAUAAAACGAGAAGCACUCGAUUUUAAACGUCGAAGACGACGCGAGCUUCUACGAUCUGCGAAAGUUUUGUCGUUGAAACGAUCUGGAUUAGAAGAAUUUCUGAAAGAUUCGUCGGUGACGAGCCAGUGUCGUACGAUUUCUCACGUUCAAUCGUCUCUGUCUGUGAGAAUCCGUUCAAAAUUGUACGAACGCUCGGAAAGCUUUACUUAAAACUAGUUCCCAUUUUGGAAACCGUGUUAAUGCGUGCCCUCGCGUCUCUCUGAUCCCCAUGCAAAUCGAUGUCCUUAAGGACCGCGUCGACGGCUGAAUGACGGAGUGAAGUAUCGCGAGGCGAACGCUUCGCGAUUAAUCGUAAGUAUUAGCGGUACAGCGGAUAGAGCGCAAUGGUAUUGUGUCCAUAUCCAGUGAGUAACGAUGGUCGACUCUAGAAAUGCCUUCGAGCGUAAGACGCGUCGUUCCGAUUAUUUUUCAUAUGUAGCGUAAUCGUAAUCACGAUGCCUUUGUGACUCUAUCUCAGUGAGAAUUCGCGCGACGUUCUUCGAACGAUCGACCGAUCGAGUCUUCUUUCAGUGUAAUUUAACUUUUACCCACUGACGAUUAGGUAUUUAAAGGAGAAACAAACGAGAUCGCGGGAACAACGUCGCAUCGCGAUUGAAAGAAACGUAUCGAACGCUAAGGAUCGAGUCGCCGUUCGUUUAAGGGAACUUAUCAGUGUGACCGCCUAAAAUUUAGGUCAUUUUUGGGAUUUUUUUUUAAGAAAAGUAUUCCGUAGAAUUUUUUUAAACUUUAUGGACGUAUUUACCUAUAAAUGAACCGUGUAAAAUAAUCUUUUUCCUACAAAAAUAACUACAGGCGACCAAGUUAUGCGCUGUCUCCAAAGACGCCAAAAAAUGUGCCUCAAAUGCUGACAUCAUACAGUUCGCUAGGGUGCCUGAAAUAAAAACAAAACAAAGACGCUAGUAAACUAGACAUGCUUUAUUGUUGAAUGACAAAAUGGCGGAAUAUUUAAGAAAUUUUUCGAUUUUUCCUUGUAAGGCCUCUUAAACCACGUUUACUCGAUUCUCUUCGAUUCGAAUUAGUUUCCUCAGGACGUCUGAGUCGAUCCAAGACCAUUAGAAGGUUCCCUUCGAAGUAAAAUAUUUCCCUGCACUCUUUUUCGAUCGUGCAUUUCUCGCUUCCUUUCUUUCUUAUCAGACGUCGUUCACCUUGGUCCAAAGAAUCGUGGAAGUCGAGUCCUUUCAGCUUUGUCGAAAGGUAGACCACCGCGUACAUAGGCACUCGGCCUUUGUUAUCGUCUAUCGUGAUUGUAGCCAACCGUGCAAAGUAAGUACACGGUUCGUUUCAGAAAGGAACCGUUUCUUUUAGGAGACGGUCCACGAGAAGGGCCCUAUCGCGAUCCUUCUGUAUUAUUCCGUAUUCUAUCGUCUCCCGUCUCGCCGAAUUCCUUCGAGAUAAAGCGAAACGUUUUAACCACUUUCAACAUUGAAAAAUGCGAUGUCGAUCAAACAGACUCGUUUCUUCAGAUUCGUUUCUCGACUUACGAACGUGCAACGACACAACGUUUGCGCGUUCAUAAAACAAUGAGACGGUAUGGUACAAGUGGGUAGAAGCCUCGAUACGUAUUAUCGUAUAAUAUACGAUUCAUGUAAAUCGUAGUCUUCUCGAUUACACGGAGGCACGCAUCGGCCACGAAAUAUCUAUUAAAAAAAUUUUGCACUUUUCGAACCGUGAACCGCGGACGUACGCAUAUAAAUGUUUUAAAGAGUAUUUUAUUAUUAGACCGUAAGGGAGAGGCCCGUACAGAAAUUAUCCAGGAACAAAAUUAACGUUUCCGAUUAGUUUCCGAUAAUAGACGAUAUAUCUGGGUCAGGACGCGUGAACGUGAAUGCUCUACGAUGAUACGCGAUCGAUGUUGAACGGAGCCGAAGGGGUUAACGAGGGACGGACGAAUAAUAGAGUUAGAAGCGUUCAAGUUCGAUUUCAUUGAUACAGCCGCGAACGUCGCGCAUUUAUUUCGCGGAACGGAACGCGUUUACGUACACUUGAAAACGUGCGCGUCGCAGCUGAAACUUCUGGGGGAGCCUCCCGGGUUUCGAAGAGUUAAGCAAGUUUAAUUAUAGAGUAUUAUCCUUACAGUAUUAUUCUUAACUAUACCGGAAAACGAAGGAACAAGAUACAAGUACGUAUUUAAAAAAUUACAAGUUUACUCCUCGCACCAAUCCAGUCUCACGAAUUAAAAAUGCGUGUAACGUUCUUUCUCGAACGGAAGAUAUUUUUUCGUCGGAUCGCCUACCUACCUGAGUGCAUAUCCCCGUAACGUAGACGAAUCUCCUGUACCUGUGUCGAAGAGUAAUCGCACCCCGACGUAUUAUAAUUAUAGGCAAGUCUGAAAACGUUUCGACUCUUCCGUGUCUGUCAGGUCGGUGCAUACGAGGUUCUCUACGUUAUACUAUGUCUAGAGGUAUUAAUGUAUGACACAGUCCGUAGAGUUGCACUUUCUAACUGUGCUUCGUCUUGUAUAAGUCGAAAAGAUGGAACAGUUUCAAGUGUGUCAAGAAAAUCCAGCUUGUGGAUUUUCAUGCAAAAUGAAACGUUUAUGGUAUCGUUUUGAAAAAAUGUUUCUUUUAUCAAUCAGUUUCUUUAUUUCAGUCCUCUGGCCCAGAAAUGGACUUGGUUUACGAUUGAUCAACUCAGGGUAACGAACGAUAAACUCGAUCUUGACGUGGCUGCCUAUUUGAAUUUUCUAAUCGUUCGGAGCGAUAGUCGCAAACGACAUAAUUGUCUGUUGCACCGAUCUAAGACGUUUGUUCUUUUACACUCAUAUCGAAAUCGAGCUCACCGUUUGUUAUCCCAAGCUCUUCAAUUAUUACCUAGCCUUGCAUUCUUCCACACCAUUAUUUAUACCUCUGUGCCGUCGCCCUCCGCUCGACCUUUUCUUCAUUCUUUAGACUUUGCAUUUGACAUAGAAAAAAUUUACCAUUUAAACGUAUGACAUACGGGAAUACUCUUGGGUAUCGUAUGGAUAGAUCUCUAUUAUAUUCGAGCAAAAUGAUAUUUCAUAUGCACCGACCUGACAGAUUAAUUGAUUCGGACACGCGCGUGUACGAGUAUUCGAACGGGGAAAGGACGAGUCUCUUGAAAUACUGCACAACUUCUCAUUUCCGGGCCGGUGGCCUUCGGAGGCUAAUGGAACGGGACGCGGCCGAUCCUAGAUUUCAGAUUCCCUUUGAACUCUCCGAGGUCGAUCUCAGCCCCCGAUCUUCCUCGAGAUUCAAUAACGAAGGCAACUCCCGUUCCCUCCGUUCGCCUCCACCUGUGUCUUCUCUUCGUUUCUCGAAACCGAUUCGAAUCAACGAAAGAAUAUCCUCUUGCCGCGGAUUUGUCGUGCCACGUUUCUCGGCAACUCGAGGAGAGUCGAAACGAAAACACGCGUUCUACGUCUACUUUAUACUGUAAAGGUUCGGAUAAAUUGGUAUCGCAUUUCCAGUUUGUAUCGAUUGUUUUCUUCUUCGAGAUCUACGACAUUUGGCAAGGAACGUCGUGCGCAUCGCGGCCAUUAGACUUCCUCGUCGUCGAGUAUGAUAAUGUAUAUUCCUACCGUGUAAAUAAGAGGAUUAAAAAACUAAAGUAUCUAUCAAAAUGUAUAUAUCCAAUCUUGUCGGAUACACAUAUUAUUAUACGCGCUGUUCGUCGAAUUUAUCGAGUACUUAAUGAAGGGGAACAUGUAACUGAAAUGCCUUCGCGACUGUGUAUCGAAUCAGGAGACGAGGACCGGGAGAUGUAACGAGGAAGAAAGAGGUGAGAAACGAGAGAUAGUGAGCGAGUGACCUAUGCUCGGUUCAUAUCAAUUUUCCCGUUUGUUUCGUUAAAAACAAUUAACGAACUCCUUCUAUAUCGAGACGAUAAGAGAACAGAACGAAGGGUAAGAAGAAGAAGAAGAAGAAGGGAAAGAAACGUAGAAAAGAAGAAUGACGGAACGCGUGAAGAGAGAACGAAUGUGUACGAGCGAAAGUGAGCGUGCGAAGUGUAAAGAGAGAGAAAGAGGUAGUAUGGCGCGGAGUUUGCCAGUGCGAAAAAGAAACACAGUAUUGCCUUUGACAGGGACGCGGCCUUGGCCCGCGAGUCUCAUCUUAAGUUUUUAGAGCAAUAAAUUCGGCGACAAUCACGGCGUUAUCGGGCCGGGUCCGCGUCACUGGAACCACUUUUCUCCGGCUGUCCGUCCGCGCGCGUUUCAGUUCCCGAACUCUUUCCGGUCCGAAGCUCGGUCAUCCCCCUCUAUCGUUUCCUGGUAUCGCUGUUGCACAUCAAAAUUUACUCGUCCGGAUCCAAGAGCUUCUUCACGUUAUUCGGAUUUCGUCGUUCGGUCAUAAACACGUGGUUGGUUCGCUUCCUGUUACAAUGCUCAUUUUCUUCGACACUUCCUUUUGUUGAUUUUUUAUACCACGUGACCAAUCCCGUGUCGUAGGAAACGAGCAUUAUCCCGAUUAGGGACCUUCCAGGAAGAGAUCGGAUUAUUAGACUCCUUUUGAUUGGCCGCGAAAAAGUGCAUCUAAACCGGAAAUAGGGAUAGAACGAAAGUAAAUAUACUGCUGUUUUACGUCAGGAUUCGAUCAUUGUACAAAACGGAAUAAAUAUUUAUAAAAAAUAAUGUAGCAUUGUUUCAUUAUUAUCGACAUUCUUAUUUUUUUAUUAUUGUUAAUCUUUGUUUCACUGACGUAUUGACAGUGAAAAUAGUUCACGUUCAACUAUUAAUUUCGACAUUCCGCGUUUUAAAUAUGUGACUUUCGGUUUAGGCGCAUUUUUAACUACGUGUCCGGUCCGUCCCUCGAGGGUCCCUAGUUCCGAUCACAGUCGACGUGUGUUUUGUUAACCGAACACUGAAAUUCGGGUAAUAUGAAAACGUUCUAACAGUUUAACAGUGAUACGCAGAAGCGAUACGGUACGUGGAUGAUAUCCAGUUGGAACAAGCCAGGGAGGCCACGCAAUGCGUCUAUCGACUACUGUACGAUACACGAGGGUUCGUUCACGUUCGCGACGCACGCACAUGCGGCACGGUUUAUCCAAGUUUGCGACAGAUUUUCUUCAAACACCUAUUGCAUCGACCCGUUUGCUCGGUUAACUCAACAGAGAGAUUUGGGACCUCUCUGAGGAUACCGACUUAAACUAUUUAAAUGGGAGUUGUUCUUUUCAUCAAUCGUAACUUUCUUUGUACAUCAUCGUUGCUGACGGAAUGAAAUGAUAGUCGAUCGCGCUGAUUUAUUGGAUGUGCGUCGUUAUUAUUAUCUGGCAUUGUUAUUAUUGUUCUGUUAUCGUCGUUUGUCCAACGUUAAUCUGGUAUUCCAAGCUACCCGAAUAUGUAAAUAGGAAGAUAACAGAGUAAAACAUGUAGUAAAUUUACUGCGGAUAGAAUUGGUAAUUACGAAGAUUAUUAAUGAGAUCAGAUGGUAAAAAGAGAUUGCAUGGACCAAGCGAACGAAGCGGAAACCGUUUCGAAUGCGGAGCCGUUGGCCCGUUUAAUGCGAGCCGAAUUCCGCAACGAUUUUAGGCGAGGUGGGUCGACGACUGCGGUUGUGCGAAUAAUUUGCUCCGCAUUACUCCGCAGUCGGUGUGUUUUGACAGACUAUCGCGAGUUCUACGUCGGCAGAACGGGAAACAAAAGGAGCACUGUCGCCGCUGAACGUGCAUCGCGAACACUGACCUAAAUACACACUCGGAGUUCUCCCCUCGGUAACGAACCCGCGGCCCCCGAGCUUUUACUUACAUCGCUCCGCGUGAUUCGCUAUUCGUUUCACGAAAGGUUGGGUGGUCUCCCGUUCUAUUUUACGCCGUGCUCCUUGUCAGUGACCAAACACGACCAUCGGGCGUUUCGGUUCGUUUCGUUUAACCCCUUUCACGAUUUUGAUCUACCGUCGAACGACCCUAUGGGCAAAAGAUAAAAUGCGAGCUUACCGUUGUUUUUGUUACGAACCUCUCGGUGUUAAAAGUGUUCGAACGAACACCGAGACUUUAGAUUCAUUGGUCGGACCAUACAGGGUCAACGUCGGCUUAAACGAAGGACGAAUUAUUUGCUGGAAUUCGUACUCCGGUAGAUCGUGACACGAUCGCGAUUUCGUUUAUCGUACGCGUGUUUGGCGACGGACAGCGAGUUUUCGUUCUCGAACCAACGCGAUUACUUCAUCGAUUAUACUGCUCGCUAUUUUCUGACAAUGAAUCUUACGUAUGUAACUCGUGCGAAUAACUUCUGACUAGAAGAAUGUAUCAAGCGAUUACUUUAUAAGUAAUAAAAAGAUUUCUGAUUCGCGAA